AUGCACACAUCUGACACAUUGUUGGCGUGCAUCAACACGCCGAAAUGUUAUACAAGCUCGCAUUGUUCCACAUUUGAACAACGCGCCCCGCGUCACGGACGCUUCGCCGAAGAGUCCAUUGUCGCGGUGUUUGUUGAUCCGUUCGCGGAGCGCGCAAAACGCCGCGUUGGAAAUCUCGCGAACGCACCGUCAAAACAUCAGCGCGGGAAACAAGCGUGUUUUCAAAAGCAGCCCCGUCGGCGCACGAAAGGCCUUAACGAAGAUACUUUAGUGAGCAAUAGUUUUGAUGUAGCGGCAGAUAGGGCCGUAAGUUGGCGAAAUUGCCCGUCACGGGCCGGCGGCCGCUGUGGGAACAUCCCCGAGCGCGGCGGGGGGUUGACGUGGGGUGAAGACGCGAAAGGGGCGGCGGGGGUGGCGGGAAGCGGUAAGUGGGGUAGCGGGCCGGAAACGCCUGUGCCGGAUCGUUCCGCGCACCUGUGGGAAUGCUCGCGCCGUUGGAUAACGCCCGUCCGUCGGCGAAACGCGACGAAAUUCGUGAGCGCGAGUUUAUCGCCUAAUUGCGGCUUCGACCGCCUACGACAAUACCGGUUCUAUCGGCUGCUUUAUCGAAGGACAACGUCGCGAGCGCUGAAAACCGCGUGUACCGCGCUCCUUUGCAUAUCUACAUGUGUCUCGAUGCAGGUGUCGCUGCGCCUAACCGCCGAUGAGCAACGGGCCCCCGCGGAAAUGAACUUUUCCACUGUGACG